CAACUAGUGUAGGCCCCUUCCCACAGCGCCAAACCCACACACGGCACCCUCUCCCUCAUACUCCUCUCUUCUCUCUCUCUCCUCUUUCUCUCUCUCUCUAGGGUUAUUAUCAGACAGUUUCCCAAUCUUGAUUUCCAUUGGUGUCGGCGAUAUCAUCAAAUGCGUUGUCUCCACAGGUACCGUUCCAUUCUAUCCCUAAUUUCUAUUCAAUAUCUCGAUUUUUCCACAAUUAGGGUUUCCUUCACCGUCCCUUUAUCCUAAAAUUCGCCCUAUUCACCCAUCGAUUCUUUCGAUACCUGAAAUUGCUUCAAAUUCUUGAGAAAUUUUUAAUCUUUUGUUGGUUAUAUGAUGAAAAAAUGUAUUUAUAGUGGGUUUUUGGUACUGUGUGAUUGAUUUGGGGAGUAUGUGUAUAAAAAGGGGAUCUUGAUUUUUCUUGAUUUUCCUGAUUUUCUUGAUUUAGGGAUAAUUUAGUUUUAAUUUAGUUUUGGGGUUUGAUUGUAUGAGAUUCUUCUCAUGCUGUUGAGUGUUGAUUGUGGUGGGACUAACGAUUCCACCGAAGAGGAUACGAACAACGCGAUAAUGCCUGCUAAAGAAAAACAUGGUGGGGGUUUGUUGACAACUUUAUCUAUGGAUAAUAAUCAUCUAUCGACGAUGUUAUCGAUGGAUUCGAGUUUAUCGACACAUGAUGAGAUGGAGCGGGAGUUGAAUCGGGCGGUGGAUCUUAGUCUGCCGCCCGAUAUUAAUCUCCCACUAUCGGCGGAGCCUAGCCCUCCGCCGUCUUCGUGGAAUGAUACUUGUGAUAUGUUGGAUGUUGGAUUGGGUCCUCAACAUUAUGAGGUGGAAACGAAUAUUAACGUGACGAAGAUUGGGAAAAAGUGUGCGAAACGGCUUGAUAGCGUGUGGGGGGCUUGGUUCUUCUUUAAUUUUUAUUUUAAGCCGGCUUUGAAUGAGAAAUCGAAGAAUAAAGUUGUUAAUCGAGAAAAUGGGUAUGAUAAGUCGGAUUUGAAGUUGGAUGUUUUCUUGGUUCAGCAUGAUAUGGAGAAUAUGUAUAUGUGGACUUUUAAAGAGCGGCCCGAGAACGCGUUGGGGAAGAUGCAGCUAAGAAGUUAUAUGAAUGGACAUUCUCGACAAGGUGAAAAACCGUUUCCGUUCAGUGCUGAUAAAGGGUUUGUUCGGUCACAUAGAAUGCAAAGGAAACAUUACAGGGGGCUUUCUAAUCCUCAGUGUGUUCAUGGGAUUGAGGUUGUUCGAUCACCAAAUUUAACGGGGUUAGAUGAAGAAGAAAGAAAAAGAUGGAUAGAGCUUACGGGAAGAGAUUUGAACUUUUCGAUCCCUCUUGACGCUAGUGAUUUCGGUUCUUGGAGGAAUCUUCCUAGUACGGAUAUCGAAAUUGAACGCCCCCCUGUUAUUCGAAACAGUUCUUCUAACGGGAAUCAUCAUCAACCGAAAAAAUUACUAAAUGGUUCAGGGUUGAAUCUUUCGACUCAAGUAUCAGAGCAUGUUAAUGGUGAAGCAAACGGGAAUAUAAACGGGAUGGAUCUUACGGUUGGGUGUAAUAGUAAACGAAAGAAAAACUUCUUCCCACAUGGUAAUGAUGACGAUACUUCUGAUGGGAUUCUUGAUAUCCAUCACGCGGAACCACAUUGGUUGACCGAAUUCUCUGGGGUUAUGAGAAACGCAUACGGACCCGUGACAGGUGCCAAGACUAUCUACGAAGACGAAGAAGGAUUCUUGAUUGUUGUAAGCUUACCUUGUUGUGACCUUCAACGGGUCAAGGUUACAUGGAAAAACACUUUGUCACAUGGUAUCGUAAAGAUCUUUUGCGUUAGCACCGGGUGUAUGCCGACGCUAAAAAGAAAAGACCGGACUUUUAAGUUGACUGACCCUGCACCAGAACACUGCCCUCCAGGGGAAUUUGUUCGGGAAAUUCCUCUUCCGACACGUAUUCCCGAAGAUGCUAAGUUAGAAGCUUACGGUGAUGAAAGUGGGACCAUGCUUGAGAUCAUCGUUCCCAAACAUCGGGAAGGACCAGAAGAACAUGAGGUUCGUGUUUGUCUUCGUCCCUAUGAUCGCCCGUAUGUUGACUUGACAGAAACUUUAAUUUAAAAAGUUAACUGGUGGGGGUGUGAUCACAGAAGGAAAUAUUGCUAUUUUCAUUAUUUUUGCUAACCUUGUCAUAUACUCCAUUUAUUCCCAUCAAAAUUGUAGCAAAAAAAAAAAAAAAACUUCAAUUUAGUGUAUGGUGAAUAGUAAAGGUUGCAAUUUUCAUGAGAGUAAGCAAUAGAAAUGCUAAAGGGGGAGAAAGUUGCAUUUUAUAGAUAGCUUUUGGGUUCUUUUUCUGUAAGUCUUUGCUUGUUGAGUCGAGAAAAGAAAAAAAAAACUGUAUAAGUGUCGUCGUGGUCUUUUGUUUUUUGUAGGACAAUUUGGUAGUUAUUUGUAAUAGAUCAUGGUUGCUUUGUGUGCCAUCGUUGAUCUAUACUUUAUUUGAAUAUAGUGUUUGUUUGCAUCAUUUAACCCAAGAAUGGUUGUGAUGCCACAUUGGUUGCCUGAAUUAAUGGCGGUUUGUAUAGCAAUGAUAGACCCGGUAUAAUCUUUGGGCAUGUAGGUGCCCCUCUA